AUGGCCGAUAGCCCUGCCCACUCCUCUGACGGCGACGUCAAGCCGUCAGCCCAAAUUCAUUUCAAGUUUUGUCGCGAAUGUUCUAACCUCCUCUACCCCAAGGAGGACCGCGUGAAUAACCAGCUGCUUUACACCUGUCGAACCUGUCACGUUAGCGAGCCGGCAUCCUCCCACUGCGUCUACCAGAAUAACCUGCACAGUCAGGUUGGAGAUACCGCGGGUGUGACGCAGGAUGUAACUUCUGACCCUACGGUUUGUGUCCCCGGCUUUUGCAUUCUUUGCGGCGACAUCACCACUUGCUACAUUUGUGACCCCGCCCUCUCAGAUGACGACUCCGAUGAUGGCUCAGAGGAGCUUCCGCGAGCCAACAAGCUUUGCCCGAGUUGCGGUGAAAACGAAGCCGUUUUUUUCCAAUCGCAGCAACGAUCAGCAGAAACUGGAAUGAAACUCUACUACGUCUGCUGCGCCUGUGGACAUGUCUACAUGUGA